GCUCCUUCAGAAUCCCAACUUUAACCCGACUACAGAUCAGAGAGACGCCAACAUGAUGCUGUUCCUCUUCCUGUUUGCUCUGGCUCUGGGUGCUGUGUCUCCUUCAGGUGAACUUGAAGUCAAGCUGCUGCGUGGAAGCUGUCCCUCGUUCUGGUUCAGCUUUGACGGCCGCUGCUACAAGUACGUUUCUACACGACUGUCCUGGGCUGAUGCUGAGCUCUACUGUGUGUCACAGGGAGCCAACCUGGUGUCUAUCCACAGUGAGGGAGAAAAUAAUUUUGUCAGAUCCUUGAUCAGGAACUUUGACCAUGCUGAUGGAGCAACAUGGAUUGGACUCACUGAUGCUCACAAGGAAGGAAACUGGAUGUGGUCCGAUGGUUAUGCAGUGACAUUUACACAGUGGCUUGUUGGGGAGCCCAAUAAUGCUGGAGGACGUGAACACUGUGUUCACAUUAAUUGGAUAACACCUCUGAAAUGGAAUGACUACCCUUGUACUUAUACUUUUCCCUCUGUUUGUGCAACACGCAAAGCCAGCUGUCCUUAACAAUUCUUCAACCUGAUUCAUUGUGAUGCUUUGACAUACUGUACAUCCCAAACAAACAUAAACAUGUGCACUUGUACGUUUGUAUGCUAAUUUGAACUCAUUCAUUUACAUUUAUUAAUGUACACACAUAUCUAUCUCUAUCCGUGUGUAUGUGAAUGUGAUUUCGAAAUUACACAACAUGCCAGAGGCAGAUACUGUACCUUUGACAUAUUUGUCUUAGCGCUUUAGUACAAAAACCUUUAAUACCUUGCCUUUACAGUGAAAUCCAUGAAUCUCAUGGAUGAUGUAAUGAUGUAAAGAUGUAUAAAACACACUGAUUAAACCAAAUCAAAUCAUC